UAAUUAUUUAAGAUAUGAAUAGACGACUUGUGCAAAUGUUUAGCAAAUAAUUGGGCUAAGUACCGAGAUUCUUUGCAUCGAAUGAACAGCCAAUGAUUUUGAGAAAUGAGAAGACAGGCUAUUAUGUGAAUCCAGAAGCUGUUGCUCGUCGAAUGAUAAAGGUGAUUAGUUUGCACGACGACGUAAGGAAUCCCUCUGCAAUCACCUUGCAAUCCACAUGGACUGACAUUGGUUUGUCAGACAUGGCCUACGUAGAAGUACCCGACAUAUAAAAUAUAUAUAGGUAAUGGUGGAAGUUGAAAGAGAGUUUGAAAUAGAAUUUCCAGACGCUGAUGUGGAGUGUUUCAGAACAGUCAAUGAUGCAGUAGAGUAUGUGGCAAGGAGCUUCUUCGCUGUUUGAUUUAAAAGC